AGAGCUUGAAGCUCAAUUUAGCCAACUGGAAACCGCAAUUGAAAGUUGCUUCAGCAAUUGGUCCGCUUUGAACACCAGCUUCUUAAAUGGAAAAGAAUCGACCGUUUCAGAUUCGGGAAUCGCCAUGGAUGAAGUUCGAGAGGCUUAUAGGAUUAUUCUCGACAUGUCAGUGUCAUUCGUGCAAUGAUGACCUCUAUUGACAAAUUGCUCAGAAGACCAGGCCUUCCCCUCAAGCGAAUAUCGGACAUUCGCUUUCUAUUGAUAUUAUUAGAGAACCCACUGUUGGCGCAACACAACUUCGCAGAAGAAACUAGAUACCAUCAUAACAUUUUGAAACGCAUACUAGGCAUGUUGAGCGGGCUCAGCAAUGAAUGCCAUCAAGCACUUGCGAACUGGUUCGCAAAUUACAGCACUGUAUAUCUUCAAAGGAGAAUUAACCUGGUCAAUUCUUUCAUCACUUAUCGCAUUACUAAAGCAAGAAGAAGUGUGGUUGGGCUACCCGCUGCAUACGAAGCUGACUGGAGGGUCAUCAGCGGGGCACGAGUCAUGGCACUGCUCUUUGCAGCGAACAGUCUAUCCUCCAAACUUCCCUUCUCUGCGUUCUACAAUACCAUGGUUGACUACGUUAACCUUAUGGCUGAUUUCGAAUCAUGGCAGUCCAGAUCAGGAAAAUUUUCAUUCUGCCAAUACCCAUUCUUAAUCAGUAUGGGCGCCAAGAUGGAGAUCAUGGAGGCUGAUGCACGUGAUCAACAGGAAACGAAGUGGAGAGAAGCUUUCUUGAACAUGCUAUUCCAUCAGAAACCUACCUUACCAUACUUGAUGCUCAGAGUGCGAAGAGAGUUUCUGAUCGAAGACUCGCUGCGGCAGCUCGCUCAAAAUGAGACAGAUCUGAAAAAGUCGCUCAAAAUUGAAUUUGUUGGCGAGGACGGUGUUGAUGCCGGGGGACUCAGGAAAGAAUGGUUUCUCCUCCUUGUUCGAUCUUUAUUUGAUCCACAAUUUGGCAUGUUCACCUACGACGACGACUCGACUUUUUGUUGGUUUAACCCCGCCAGCUUUGAAAACGAAGAUCAGUACUUUCUGGUCGGCAUUGUCAUUGGGCUCUCUAUCUACAACUCAACCAUUCUCGAUAUUCACCUCCCCACUGCUUGUUAUAAGAAGCUGUUUGGGCACCAUGUUGGAUUGGAAGAUUUGAGAGUGUUUAGGCCAGGUCUUGCAAGAGGAUUGGAACAACUGUUAGAAUUUCCAGGCGAUGUAGAGAGUGUGUUUUGUCGACCUUUCGUGGCAGAAUACGAUGCCUUCGGAGAGCGAAUAUCAGUUCCUAUCAUACCAGACGGCGAAACGACCAUGGUCACCAAUGCAAAUCGCCAACAAUUUGUUGACAAAUACAUAGACUUUGUGAUGAACAAUAGCGUCAAGCGUCAAUUUGGAGCCUUUAAGCGAGGCUUUUACCAUGUUUGUGGAGGCAACGCUUUAUCGGUAAUACUUUUGUGUCAUUUUUUCAUUUUGGUUUAAUCUUGUCUCAUAACUCAAGUCCAUCUUUUUAUCUCUCUAAACUCAGCUGUUCAGACCAGAAGAAAUAGAACUACUUGUUAGAGGAAGCGAU